UACUUACUGUGUAUAUUUUUAUAAAUUAUUAUUUAGUUAUUAAUAUGGAAUCUAAAAAAUUAAGUCAGAAGGAAUAUUUAAAAAAAUAUCUCAGUGGUGGUGAUAAAAAAAAGAAAAUAAAAAAAAAGAAGAUUAAAAAUCCAACAGUCCAAAUCAUUGAUGAUGACAUCAACCUCGACAAUAUACGUCCAAUGGACGAUGCUGAAUUCGACAUCAUCAAUGCAACAGAAGAUGCGCCAAUUAUUGUCGGAGUUAUUGAUGAACGUGGACCAGUUGACUUUGGUGAUAGAAAAAAGUGGAAAAUUAUAGCUGACGACGGCGAGGGAAAUGUGACAGUAAAUUCAACUCAUAAUAAUAUUGAUAAUAAUAAUUUUAACAAAUUAUCAGCUUAUAGUGAAUCAGAGUUCAAUUAUAAAAAUGAAAGACGAUUACUUAAAUCUAAAAGAUAUUCUUCUGAUAUAAGUCCACCUAGAAUAUCAGAAAAACGUAAAAAUUCCAACAAAUCAUCGCAGCGAGUGAGCUCAGAUUCCGAUUUAAGCCCGCCAAGAGCAUCGAAAAAAUCCAGAGAUAAAAAAAGUAAACAUCAAAACUCAAGGUAUAAUUCGGACAUGAACUUGAGCCCUCCCCGGAAAUCUAAGCACCACUCACGUGAGUCACGGAAAACAAGACGUGAUUCGGAUUCAGAUUUGAGCCCUCCAAGGAAGUCUAAAAAUCAUUCACGAGAGUCAAGGCGUGGUUCAGAUUCCGAUUUGGGUCCUCCAAGAAAAUCUAAGCACCAUUCACGGGAGUCCAGCAAAUCUCAUAAUGGCCGCAAACGUUCAAGAUGGGCUAGUAAUUCAGACAGAUCUCCAGACAGAAGUCCAGAGACUAAUGGUCGACUUAAAAAGACUUUGGAUGGUAAAACCGCUGGUUUACAAAAUGCUGAUGCAUUGCGCGAAGAAACAGAAGCUCACAGGCAAAGAGAAAAGGAAAUGUUCAACAGUUUGAGUGCUGAAGUUAGUGGAUUUGGACAAGCUGCAGUCAUGAGAGAUAGGAGAACUGGUAAACGACGUGAUUUAGCAGCUGAAGAGUUAGAACGUCUUGAAAAAGAGAAGCGGCAGAAAGAAAUUGAUGACAAAUAUGCCAAGUGGGGCCGAGGACUCAAGCAAGUUGAUGACCGAGCUGAGAAACUAAAACAAGACUUGUAUGAAAUGAGCAAGCCAUUGGCUAGGUAUGCUGAUGAUGCUGACCUUGAUGCUCACCUGCGAUCAAUUCAGCAUGAAUUUGAAGACCCUCUUCGACAGUUUGCCAAAGAUAAAAAACCCAAACCGAUUUAUCAAAAUGCUUCUAUGCCUAAUCGGUUUGGUAUUAAACCAGGACAUCGUUGGGAUGGCGUUGAUAGGAGUAAUGGUUAUGAAAAGAAAUGGUUCGAAGCGAAGAAUGCUCGUGCUGCUAUUCAAGAAGAAGCUUACAAAUGGAGUACUUCGGAUAUGUAAAAAUUUUUUUGGUUUUAUGGAUUGAAAUAUUUUUUAAUAUUUAAAUGUAAAUAUUUUUUAUGAGUUAUAAAUAAAAUAAAAAGAAAAA